CUGCAGUCGGUGGCGUCAACCGUGUGUUAAUUCUUUGCGCUAUCAAGGUUUCUUAUUUGUUCAAUGAGUCAAUUCACUUUCUUUUUCUCUUCUACCAGACCCCAGCACAUAAUAAAAACUCGUAAACCUGAAUAGGGGCUGAGAAGAUCCGUGAUUUCCGGCACCUAAGUACUUAGGUACUCAGGUUGUUUACCUUUCUUAAUUGUUAGGGGCAUCUUAACAAGACUCCUUAACAAUCAAGUACUGCAUUCACCUUCAUUUUCGCUACCCAUGAUAUUUCAUCCCGCAUUUCUUGGAUGAGGCUCACCCCAACUCCAAAUUCACAGCAUCGUUUCGUCUAAUUUCCCGGUCGCUUCGCAUCAAACAUUACCUAUAGAUAGAUCGAAAUAAGGCAUUGAUCGGAGUCCUUUCAGAGCAUCUCUCAAGCCGACAAGAUGCAGCGAAACAUUCGGGGACCUCGGUCUGCCCUCACAGAUUAUCUGGCCUCCCAGAAUAUUUCGGCCAGGCAAAUCCGCGCUAAUCACGAGGCUCGCCUUAGGUCUGCUACUGCUACUACCGCCUCAGACCAAGCCGUCGCAUCUACAUCAGCAGCACAGAAUGUAGACACUGUAGAACCUGCAGAAACCGUAGAAGAUAGUGAAGACGAUGCUGAGUCUUCAGUUGCUGCAAACACGCGCCAAGCAACGACCCGAAAGCGAAAGCAGGCAGCUGCGGCGAUUGAGAAAGUCAAGAACUCUAAGCCAUCCAAACAACGCAAGUCGCGCCGAAAUGCCCCAGAUGACGAGUCCGAUGAGGAUGUACUUGAGAGAAGCACGGCUCCUGUGCCCGGCCAGUUGGAGAACUGUGAGCAGUGCGGCAAGCGAUUUACGGUAACCGCUUAUUCACGUGCCGGUCCAGAGGGAGGCCUACUUUGUGCCCAGUGUAGCAUCAAGCUAACCAAAGAAGAGAAGGCUGCUAAGAGCGCUUCUAAGAAAGGCAAGCAGAAGGCAACUGUGGUUCCCAUUAGACGUGAACGAAGAAAGAUUCAGAGCCUUAUACUAGAUGGCCAAAUCGGAGUCAAGACCCUGAUGACCCUCUGCGUCGAGACCCUAGCUAACAACAUCCACCUUGCUGACGACCUCGGCGAUCUACCUUUACCAGCUAUUGAUCGCAUAUCCAGACAGCUAUCCAAACGCCGUCUCAUGAGCCCCAAGACCCUAGAUCUAUUCCUCCAGCCCCAGAUUCAGGAUAUCAUGAUAUACGAUGGAGGUCGCCUAGGUUCAGAUGACUAUACCCGAAUGUUCCAAAUCUGCUCCAGUCUCAAGACCCUCAAAUUGCGUAACGCGAUCCAGUUCAAAGAUGACGUCAUGGAGUACUUAAUGGGAAGACAUUUCGCCCUAGAUACCUUCUACAUAUCUGGCGCGAACCUACUCAGCGACGAAUGCUGGGAUAAAUACCUAAAGGCAAAGGGACAAAGCCUUCAAAGUCUUCGUGUCUAUUUCACAGAUCGUCAUUUCGGUAACAAAACUGUAGAGUCUCUACGCGAUUACUGCCCAUCUCUAACCAGAUUGAAAAUCUGCCACAACCAAGCACUCACCGACGAAGGAGUAGAACACAUCGCACAGCUUCAUAGCCUCGAGCACUUAGGGCUACGUCUUGUUAGCCAGACCCAGACAAUGCCUUAUGUCAAUGUCGUACAAAAGAUAGGGAACCAGUUGCGUACCUUCUCUAUCAGGGAUGUUCCAGGUGUUGACGAUCGCCUGCUCGAUGCAAUCCAUGACCACUGCGCUCGAUUAGUUAAACUGCGCAUCACAAAUAGCGAGGUCAUGACCGAUGCAGGCUUUGUUAGGCUCUUCAAAGAUUGGAAGAACAGGCCCCUCUUAUUCGUGGACCUAGAACUAUGCCGUCACAUCGACGCGGGAAACCCCAGAGUAAACCAGCAUAUGAUUGGCUUCUGCUCGGGCGGCUUCCGAGCCUUGAUGAAGCAUUCAGGCAGGCUCUUGAAAAAGCUCAACAUCCACGGAUGCAGACACAUAUCCGGUGAGGCGUUUGAAGAUGUGUUUGCUAUCGGACAGGUGUAUCCCGAGCUUUUAGAUCUGGAGAUCAGUUUCUGUGAAGAGGUGACAGACCUAAUUGUCGGGCUGAUCUUCAAAAGCUGCCCUAGUCUAAAGAGGCUGAAUGUCUUUGGAUGCAUGAAGGUGAAGGAUGUGCGAGUCCCCAGAGGCAAGAUCUUGGUCGGUGUCCCGAAUGCGAUGGGAAUGAUCAUCGAAGGCACCGAAGAUUGAAUCGGGAGUGUUUAAUCUUCCUUUUUACGAUACCCGACUUAAACACAUAUUGAAGAUAUCAGGCGUAAUGCAGGACACGGCUCUAAGCGUUUGGCGUUUGGCGUUUGGCGUUGGAAGCAUUGAGCCCUGGUAAUGGUUUUUACGAUGAUAUUCACGUGAAGCACAGGCGUUGAAAACGGGUCAUUCUAUCCGAUCAAUCAUGGUGCAUAGGUAGCCAGCCUAAAGUGUUUACGGCAGGAGCAGGAAAUUGCUUUGCUAAUGUUCUUGUGAUUUUUCUUGCAGGACACUGCCGUUGUCAAUCGACGAGCAUGUCACAUAUGAUGCCACCGAAGAGGUGUUGACCAUGAUAAUCUUUCACUGCGAGUUAACGAUCAUGGCGUACUUUGUGUGGCUCACUACGAAUGUGUACAUAUCCAGGAUUCCAGGUAGUCCACCAGUUAAGUAAUUAGAUACCUUGGAGCAUGAUAUGCUAGCUUAGCAAUGCAAAUGAUUUCCCUAUAA